UUAGCCAACCCCCAGGUUUCUUGGAAUAGCACAUUAUCGGAUCACUCUUUUCUGGCCGCGAUUCACUAUUACACCCAAUAGGGAUCUAUUUGGACACUUUACUACAACCUGUAGUUUGUGCCACCCCCACAUACCUACGUGACACGCCCCACCUCCUGGAAUGUGUUAAAAAUGUAUCCUGUAUACAGGAUGUGCCAUAUUUGUUGGCGACCAUGGAUGUGGUAAGCCUGUAUACUAUCAUUCCCCAUACGGCAGGUUUAGCUGCUAUUAAACAUGCUCUUUUGGAAUCGACAGCAUACAGUGGUCCACCGAUUUCCUUUGUAUUAGAAUUAUUGGAAUUGUCAUUAACUUUAAACUAUUUCCGUUUUGAAAAUAAUUUUUAUUUACAGACAUCUGGGACAGCUAUGGGGGCUGCCAUGGCGCCUGCCUACGCUAAUCUGUUCAUGCACCAGUAUGAGCAAUGCCACAUAAUUCCAUGGUUUGCUGAAAAUUUUUUUCUCUUCAAACGCUAUAUCGAUGACAUGCUGAUCAUCUGGCGUGGGUCCCAGGAUGAAUUCAUUGAGAUGGUUAAUGAACUUAAUGCAUUGGAUAGUCCGGUUAGAUUCACUUAUACAAUACAUCCCAAUACAAUCCAGUUCUUGGACAUUGAAUUGAGGUUGCACAAUAACCAACUAGAUUUCACUCUUUUUAGAAAACCUACUGACAAAAACACACUUCUUCAUUAUGAUAGUUGCCAUCCACCCUCAAUGAAAAAAUCCCUUCCUAUUUCUCAAUUUUGUAGGGUACUUAGAAAUAAUUCUGACAUAUGUGCUGCCGAAUGUCAGCUUGAGGAGAUGUGGCUCCGCUUUAAGGAGCGUGGCUACCCGGAUAGACUGUUACAAGAGGCCCUCUCUAUCGCUAGACAAAGGAUAGCUGAUUCAGUAACUACACAAAUUUGUUUCAUUUAUCUGGUGCUGGAUUUUCUUACAGUCACAUGAUUGCGGGGGUGUGCACAACUGGGUCUGGAGAAACCCUGAAAGAGAUGAAAUGGUUUAGACGAGGACUGACUCCUGACAUACAUCUAAUAGUGUUUAUUUUAUACAGGUUAACAAGUUCUGCUCUUGGAUCAAAUGGUGCCAAAGGAUACUGUAUUUAAGCACAUUUGUGAAUAUAUCUGAAAUAACUUUUUCAUUCUUCAAGUAGAUUGUCUUGCUCUACUCAGUGCUUAGCCUGCCUUAGAAUAAUACUUGUUUUUAGGGUUAUUGCCAGAUAACACUGAUAUCUGUGAGCUACUUCUGUUACUGACUGUAAGCAUAUAUUUUCGUUUACAUUCGAACAAUGCUCUGGUACACUGUAAUGAUGGAUUAUAAAUAUAUCCAGUGUCCAGUGAUUUUGCUUUCAGUGUUCCAGAGCUGUGCAACUUUUUUAGUUUGUGUAUAAUCUGAGAUAUGAAUAACUGACCUAGCACUAUGUUUGUGAUUACAACUAAGUACCGAUUAGUGGCAAUUAAUUACAACUCAACUAUGUAUUAUAUAAAGCAACCUUAACAGUUUUAAAUCAUUUUACAUAUGUGUAUGCCUGGAUUUACCUACUGUUAAUACUGUAAUGCUACUUCGGAUGCUACUGCUAUUACAAUUAUCCUAUGCAUUCCAAAACAUAACUGGCUCUCAGCUUUGUUUCUGAAUAUUCCCAGUAUAUGUUGGAAUCGGGUAUAUGUGAGGCCUCACCUUGUGCAGUUUUAGGAUAUAGGCAGUCCUGAAGAACAUAAUUAUAGUAGAAACAAAGGAAUGUAAGAAACACCUGGGUAUAUAGCUGCAUUUUUAUUGCACCACUAGUAACAGUUAAUGCUGCAUGUGCCAUAGCUUGUGCUUGUACAAUCCCAUCCACUCCCUUCUGUAUCUACUAUGAUAGCCAUGGCAUUGGCCUGUGUGUUUCCACAUUAAUAUUCACUCCGCACAAAAGCAGAUUCAAGCCUUUAGCCUUAGGUACUUGUAGUUUAGUGUUUUACUUGGCCUUUCAGAUACUUUAUUUUCAACUAGAAAUUACCUGAACUUUAUUCUACAGUGAACCUGCAAUGUUACACAUGGUCUGUUUUAAUUAACCUGGGAUCAAUAGUCAGGAUACAAAAGUAACUAGUUUUGUUAAAGCUAAGCUAAAUGAUGAAUCACUCAAGUUCUUGGUUUCAAUCCUAACUAAAAGCUAUAUGUUUGACAUCCCACUAUAAUAAAUCUAAUACUAAAUUAUAUUUUUUUUUCCAGGAAAAAGAAUAAAUUAUCUUGUGCAAUCUGACAAUUACAGCUGUUUUUUAGUCUUUCUCUAUGAAUAUGUCUUUCAGCCUUGCCUUAUGGACCAGGAUCCAGGGAUGGCCAAGCUGCUCUACCCCUUUUGCCUAUUUUAUGGUUUCCACAGAGCUGUUUCUAAAGGGUUUCUAGCAGGAGUAAACACCCUGGGCAUUGCUCUGUGGGACUGCCUUGUUCUCUUUGGGGCUCCUAAGAGCUGCUGACUCUUCAUGUAUAAUGUCUAUAAGUAUUCAGGGUCUGUAUUUUAAAUAAAACAAUAAAGGAAAACCUUUAAAAUCA